CGCACGGAAGUAGAAGCGAUCCAAACAGAGGACAAGAUGGCGGCGUACCCGGGAGGGGACCGUGAAAGAAACUCCACGGACCAGAUAUUGGAUUUAGCAAAUGUUUUGCUACGGGAUUUCAUCUAUCAGCGGAUUCAGCGACAUGAAGAUGGGAACACAGCAGUCACGAGGGAACAGCUGGGUGUGCAGGAGCUGCGUAACCCGGACCAUAAGAGGAUUGGUCAGUGCCUGCAGCAGAUUGGAGAUGAGCUGGACGGAAAUGCACAGCUCCAAACCAUGAUAAAUGAUCCGAUGCUCAACCCGUCAAAGGAAACGUUUAUGAGAGUUGCGCGGGAGAUCUUUUCUGAUGGAAAGUUCAACUGGGGCAGGGUGGUUGCCCUGUUCUACUUUGCCUGUAGACUUGUCAUAAAAGCUCUUAUUACCAGAAUUCCCGAUAUCAUCAGGACCAUAAUCAACUGGACCAUCGACUACCUGCGAGACCAUGUGAUGAGCUGGUUAAGGGAGCAAGGUGGCUGGGAGGGUAUCCGUUCCUACUUCGGUACUCCCACAUGGCAGAUGGUGGUAAUUUUCCUGGCAGGUGUUUGCACAGCUGCUCUAGUCCUUCGCAAAAACUGAGAGGUGUGUGUGAAGAGCAGACGGGAGAAAGAUGGAAAGAAAAAUGGCUGAGGAAACAGGAACAAAACUGAAAGAAAACCAGAGGGACAAGAGGAAGAUACGACAGAGUGAACAAAUUGAACAGGAGGAACUUGUUCUCGGAGAAUUUUUCUUUCUUUCCCAUUCAUGUGUGAAACUGGGAAAUGUGCUGGAAGCUCUGUCGUAGCUCUGUGGUUGCUAUGCCACUGAUGAAGUCAGAUGUGCAUGAUUGCCCGUGCAAAAUCAGAUGGAAAGGAUGUCAGACUUGAACAAGAAAUGUGCAUUUUAAGUAAUUUAUUUUUUACUUGGUACAGAUAUAGUCACUGCAUUCUCUUUUCUGGAACUGAAUAUUGAAUGAAAAUCAAUUAAAUGAAAAGGGUUCUCUCCGUUUUAGUUUUAAAGUUCUAUAUCUUUCACCUUUAAUUUAACUUUUUUUUUUAGUCUUUCCAGUCUCUCCAUCCAUUUCAUUGUAAUUUUUUUUUUUUUUUGUUUAGACGGGACAAUGCAUAUUAAUGUACACUACAUUAAGCAGUGUAAAUACACCAGGUUUUUGCAGAAUUGCUAGUUUCCACCCGCAGUCCCCACAAACAACCAUACACACUCACACCUACGGGCAAUUUAGAAUUAGCAAUUUACCUAACAUUAAUAUGUCAUUGGCAUUAAUAUAAUGUCUGUAUGUUAGUGUAUCCAUACUCGUUUUGUAAGUGUACACUAUUCAAAUUUAUCCAAUCUGAUGUUAAAUGGUGGUCAGACCCUGUAUAAUUAAUGGUUUUGUAUUUGCAAAGAAUUAUUAGAUUUACUAAGGGGGAUAGUUAAGACAUCAACUUCCCAUAAUUAUACAAGUUCUGUUUGUCUGUUUUUUUUUUUUUUUCAGUCUCAUGAAUGUAUGGCUCAACCUUUUAUUUAAAGGGUCAAAAAAGUGCCAUAACAUGAUGUUUUGUACUUAGAUUUGUUUACGGCCAACACCAAUAAUCACAUAGUUAAAAUGGAUGUAAAAUCUCAGAAAAAAAGACAUAGGAUAUAGACAUAGGCGGAAUCAAAUUUCAUGUGACAUUGAAUCAUGAACUGUUAUUGGGAAAUUCUGACUGCCGUUGUGACCUUAAAGUGACUCCCAGUCAAAAGGAAGUGUGCGUACUCCCCUGAUGGAUUUGAGUUGGUGAAUAGAACUGCAUGUUACUUUGAUCUAUGGAAGAAAAAAUGGACUGCUCAUGGACCCUUACCUCACUUUAUACAUGUGUAAAGUACUGUAUUUUUACAUCAGUUAUUCAAACCUUAUCUACACAGCAGACUGGUUUUUAUACGUUUCUCGUUUGUCAGUGCCUUGGUGUUUUCUUUUUUUUUUUUACAAUGAAUUCACUUUGAUAUCAAGUUUUCCACCUUUUUCUAUCACCUUUGUAAACCUGAAUUUUGGCUCAAGUUUUUGAAAAUCUUCUUGGCAGUGACCUUUUAUGUUGUAAUAUGAAAAUAAAUCUUUUACUCUUCCUGUU